AAGACCUCACUUCCGUUCCUGACUUCUUCCUACUUCUUUGAUCAUUCCCUCCUACUUUAGAAACAGAAUUCUAUAUAAAUCUACGUAGUUGGGGUCCCAAAAGGCUUGAGAUACCAAAUUGCCUUGGCAAACAAUCUUUCCAGUAUCAUUUUCUGGGACGUCGAUCCUGGGACCUUGUGUUUUUGUCAAAGGUACAGAAUUGAGAUUAAUUCAAGAUGGAGAAAGCCUCGAAAAUUGUCCUUUUCUCAUGCCUGGUGGUUUCUUUCUUGGCUUCAUCGUGUGCCCAAACCUGUCGUACCCAAACUUUUUCCAACAACAGGCAAUAUGACAACUGCAGCGAUCUUCCAGCCUUGAACUGUUACCUCCACUGGACAUAUCGAACAGAUGGGACCGUUGAUCUUGCCUUUAGACACACCGGCACCAACUCGGGAAGAUGGUCAGCAUGGGCUAUCAAUCCCAGUGGAGCACGAAUGUUUGGUUCCCAGGCUUUGGUCGCCUUUGUCAACUCCAGUGGCGUCGCUCACGCAUUCACAACACAAGUUAAUCUUCCGUCCCCUACCAUGCAACAGAGUAAUUUGAGCUUUGAGGUUCCCAGCCUUUCGGCAACCUUUGAGAACAAUGAUAUGACGAUAUUUGCUGUUCUGAGGAUCUCCGAAAACUUGUUAUCUACUAACCAGGUUUGGCAGGAAGGUCCUGUGACCAACGACGUUCUAGGGAUGCAUCCUACUUCUGGAGAAAACAUGCAAUCCGUUGCAAGUGUCAAUUUUCUUACAGGACAAUCUGGAGGGAGUGCAUCUAAUUCAAGGGCUAGAAGAAGAAAUGUUCACGGAGUACUGAACACUGUCAGCUGGGGAAUUUUGAUGCCUUUGGGAGCCAUAACAGCUAGGUACAUGAAGGUGUUCAAGUCUGCAGACCCGGCAUGGUUUUAUCUCCAUGUUGCUUGCCAAUGUUCGGCCUAUAUUGUUGGUGUUGCAGGAUGGGCUACUGGUAUUAAGCUCGGCAGCGAGUCUGCUGGAAUCACCCAGAAUCCCCACAGGAACAUUGGCAUCACCCUCUUCUGCCUCGGAACUCUUCAGGUGUUUGCUUUGCUUCUGAGGCCAAACAAGGAUCACAAAUACAGAUUCUAUUGGAACAUAUACCACCACUCCAUUGGUUACUCUGUCAUCAUCCUCAGCAUCAUCAACAUUUUCGAGGGUUUCGACAUUCUUCAACCUGAGGACAAAUGGAAGAGAAUUUACAUCGGCAUCCUCAUAUUUUUGGGUAUUGUCGCGUCUUUGUUGGAAGCAUUCACUUGGUACAUUGUUCUCAAAAGGAGGAAGACUGGCUCUGAUAAGCACUCUAACAGCAUGAAUGGAGCAGGCAAUGGAGUGAAUGGAUAUGGUGCCAGGGGACAGGGAGUGUAAUACAUAUUUUUUUUUUCUUUUUGGGUUAGUAGGCUUUUUCAUUUUUGUGUUUGUUCUUCGGUGUUACUAGUACUCUCUACGUUAUUAUUUUUGACAGUCCGAUACACCAUGAGUUGGGGUAUUUUGGAUGACCACCCAUUUGUUAUUACAGCUUAUUGUUUUUAAUUCUGUUGUAGUUAUAAUGUGAUCCCUGAGAUAUACACUGUAGUUGUGGUGUGCAUAGAUGAAGUCUUUUCCUUGUCUCGAUU